UAUUGCCACGCUCAGCACUAGGAAAGCACAGAUACUCAACUCCUUCAAUACACACACAAGCAAAACACAGCCUGGCUUCGCCGACGGACGCAUCAGCCAUGCUACGACCCAAGGACUUGUGUCAAGGUUCGGGCACCAAGACAUUCUUAGACGCCAUGCAUAACGGCAAGGCGCACCUUGCACGCUUUGUUCUGGAUGCCCUGGAUGGACGCAUCAUCAACUCAAAAACAGAGAACAGCCGCACCCCCCUGAUGUUUGCUGUGUGCCUGCCGGACCCUGGUGCCCGGGUGAAGUUCACCCGGAUGCUGCUAGAGAAGGGGGCAAAUGUGAACUGCCAGGAUGAUCAGGGGCGCACAGCCUUGAGCUUCACUUGCGAGCUGGGGUAUCUGGAUGCUGUAAAGCUCUUGGUUCAAUACAAUGCUGACCCUGAAAUAACUGACGCCUGGGGCAACAGUGCACUGAUGUAUGCCGCCUUCGCCGGACACAGCCAGGUGCUGGAGUUCCUCGUCCGGGCCUUCAAGAGACUGGGCUUGCGGCUGGACCGCACCAACCAGGCUGGCCAUUCUGCCAUCCAGGUGGCUGACUUCUUUGGGCACAACCAAUGUGUCCAAGCCUUGAAUGUCCCAGGGAAGAAGAGCUUGAGUCUGGAGGACAGCAGCCAAGGGAGAGAGCUAGGAGGUGGAGUGCGCCGGCCUAACAAACUCCCAAAACAGGUUCUGGAGAAGUUCACCAAGCAGUUCCAUAGUAAGUUCGACGACCACCUGCCAGCACUGUUUCAGCAGCAGCUGCAAGUGGGGGAAGGCAACGGGGCAACAAGGCGCCUCAAAGCUCAGCAACAGUCCCCUGAGUGGAAGAGCCAGAGCCAGCCCUUUACCAGUCAUCUACAGCAGUUGCACAGCAGUGAUGCUCAAGACCCCAUAUUCACCGUCAAACAGAUCCAGAAUGGCAAGAUGAAAGACACAAGAAGUGCAAAGACAAUGGAGCACAAUCCAGAUCUGUACAAAGAAGACACGAUCAAGGAAAAGACACAAGACACAGUCCCAUCUUGGGGCAAAGCCAAGUCAUUCAACAUCGACCUGCUGGCCUGCAGAAAGCAAUCGUAUCAGGGUGACAUGUCUGAAAAGAGCCACGCUGCUUCAAAACUAAAGCGGGGUUCACUGCAGGACGAGAAACCUCUCAAUGUCAAGAUUCACUUCCAAAAAAUAAGUAAUGACAGUGAAAACUGUACAGCAGCACCUCAAGCUCUUCUCAGCGGAAUGAGACAAAGUGCUGAGGCCCCAAGUGACAGCAUGAGAGCGUCCAUGAAUGAGAAGCUCGGCCCAUCAGUAUUGGGGAGGAAGGAAUUUCAGAAGCGCUUUAGUGUUCCACAGCAGGGUCGCCCGGACAAGCUCCUGUCCCAGAGGGCGGAGAUGGCUCCGGAGAGACUCCCGGGACGCGCCCCCGGCUUCACAGGGCUGGGGAUGCGACUCCUGCGGCGCUUCACCGCCCCCGAGUUCAUGAGACUGGCGAUGGAGUUUCCCUCAGGCUCCGAGCAUGGCAGAGGUAGGAUGUCCCGCUCUGAUACCUUCCCACUGUCACAGGGACACCAGAGGGUGGACAGCCAGCCGAGCGUGGACAGCAUCAGCGCCGUGCAGUGCGAGUUCGACAGCAGCGCCCCCUUGUGGAGCAAAGCCCACGCGGGAACUCCGAGCCUGAGUACAGUGGGACUGUAAUUACUUCACUAGUGUAAAAUAACGCUUUUUAAAAGCGUGGUGAAUACUGUAUAUCGACCCUGCCGUCAAUUUGUACAUAAGAAAAAAACUUUUAAGUGUUAUUUUGCCUAUUGAACAGAAGACGUAUGUUGUGAAUGUCUUAACGCUGUGUGUAUAUAAUAGUAUACCCAAUACAUUUAUACUGUAUAUAUAAGUGCAUAAUAAUAAUAAUGACGAUGUUAAAUGUACGUCAGCACUGUAACGCGACUACUUAUCCAUACUUUAUGCGUUGUAAGCCUGAAUGUAGCUUGUAUUUUCAUAAAAACUGGCCAGCGUUAUUUAAAUUUAUGAGAUGUACUUAACCAAAAACGAAUAAAAAAAAAGAUCUAGGACAAAUUAUCGAGAGCUGUCGACGUUCUUUCGGGGAAGUCUUCGGUUCAACGGAGUGGACGAUGGCAAAAGGUUUUCAAAGGUCUUCGGAUCUCCUACAGUUUCGACGGAGCAUUAAGAAUUAAACGCUGUUUUUGAGGUUCAUUGACUGAGACCGGGUGUAAACCGGUAUUAUUGCAGAAAUCACAACACACAACAUCCCAAAGCCUAUUUAGUAAGUUCCACCAGUGGCGUCAGGUUGGUGACACCCAGUGCGGUAACUCAUUUUGUGUGUGUGUAUGUGUGUCGAUGGACCUCCUCCCAUACCAGACCACACAGUACUGUUUUUGUACUAAUCAAUGUUACUGGUAAAUCGAAAUUCACCUAUAUCAUUGAA